AUGCUUGAGCAAUCUCUUCUUCCAAGCCAUAAGACACAACUUUCUAUUGUAAGGACCGCUAAAGGGCUAGUAGGGGAUUGGUUCACUAUAACUAAUACUUCUGAUAGAAGAAGACCAGAUUCUGGAACUUGUUGGAGUAGUGGCACACCUGUUAGCAGCAUACUUCUGUUCAGAGAGUCAAAAGUGGUGAUUUUAAUGUUGUCAAAGAAUGCAAAAAUUGACAAAGAAAGUUUGAAGAUGUCCAAUUUCAAGCAUUAUUGGAUGUGGAUGAUGCACAAUCACAAAAAAUGAUGGCAGAGCAAUGAUAGAGUGCAAGAUCAGAUUGCUUGGGGAAAAGACAAUGUUGUGUGUGUGGUGGGAUCAGAAGGGUGUCAUGUACUACAAACUUCACAAGCCUGGUAAAAUAGUUAAUACCAAUGGCUGCUGGCAGCAAACGAUCAAUUUGAACUAUGUGUUGAUUGAAAAACAGACAGAAUGGGCUAGAAGACAUGGCAAAGACAUUUUGCAGCAUGUCAACGCUCCUGCACAUUUAGCCAAACUGGAAAAAGACACCAUUUUCACCCCUGGUUGAGAACUCUUACCCCAUCUACUGGGGUCACCAGACUUAGCUCUUUCAGAUUACCAUUUGUUAGCAUAGAUGGGAUUGCACUGGCUGAAUAGCAUUUCAUAACAUUCAAUAAAGUGGAAAAAUGGCUUGGUGAAUAGAUGUUGAUGCAGUUUGAAAUUUUCUUGCGAAAUGGCAUCCAUAAAUUUGCUUUAAAGAAGGUCUAAAUGUGUAGAAAAAGAAGACCAAUAUUUUGAAUAAAAGAUAUUUCACCACUAUUCCUAAAUUAUUGAGUACUUUUAAUGAAAAUAACAUUUUAAACUUGUGCACCUGGUAAGUACAGCACUGUAUAUAUUGUAAAUGUGUAAAAUGUAAAUGUUUUUGU